UGUAUUCAUUGACAACUUGGUGUGAGUGGAAAUGCGAUGCAUGCAGAUUCAUUCGCUAAGGUUCAUCCAAACGUAAACAUAAACAAAUUCAGCGACUUGAAAGCUUAGAAUUUCUGCCGAGUUUUCUUACUGCAUCUAAUAAACGCCGAUUCUCAGUUUUUUAUUAUCAAAAGUGUUUGAAAAAUAUAAAUAAAAAGCAUGGCUUUGUCCAUAGUCGCAGUAAAAUCGGAUAGCCUAAAGAGCUACCAACGAACGUGUCGGCUUUGUAUGGGACAAAACUAUCUUGAAGAUGUUUUCGAGGACAAUGGUCUGCAUCAAUGGAUAUCGAAUUACCUAUCGAUAAGAAUAUAUUACGAUGAUCGUGAGGGCCACGUCAUCUGUAGCAUCUGUCGAUUACGGUUGUCAGAUUUCCACCAAUUUCGGACUCGCUGUCAGGAGGUGCAAACGAUACUGCAAUCCAUGGUUCGGGACGACCAUGAAGCAUCGACCUGGCUUGCCGAGAGCACUGAGUUUCAAAAAAUGAAAACUGAACUCGAUGAUUCCGAUAGAGAAACAGAACAAGAAUCACAUGGCGCUACUGUUAUGGAUAACAAAGAAGAAAAUCAUGAGAUUGAUAUAGAACAGGUAAAAAUUGAAGCUCGGGCAAGUGAAGAAGAAUCUUUACAUGAAACGGAUUGUGGAGAGCAUACCUCACAAAAUCCGGACCUUCAAACAGAUAAUCUUCAGACAAAACAUGAAUACUCGUGUUCAAAAUGCCAUAAAACAUUCAGUCGACAGUGUUUGUUAAAAAUGCACAUAAGUAGUCAUAACGAAAAUAUAAGGGAAGAGCAAGCAACUGACACAGAUGAUGAAGAACUUAGCAGUAAAAAAGCCGGGGAAAAUAACGUCAAAGAUUAUAAAUUUCGAUGCAAUCAAUGCGACAGAUCAUACCCUGAUGAAAAGAGAUUAAAGUGGCACAUGAGAUGCCACAGAUCGAAAACUCACAUUUGUCCAAUAUGUGGAAAACCAUUCAGCUUUUGGUUUUUGUUGAAAAAUCAUAUCCCAAGGCACGAUCCAAACCACGUACGUCAACCGUGGGGCGAAGCUACAAACGGGGUGGGAGGACCAUUCCGAUGUGAUAUAUGCCAGAAGGAAUACGGACUGAAAAGUAGACUGAGGUCGCACAAAGCGCAAGUGCAUGCACCUAAACGACACGAAUGCCAUCUGUGCGAUUCGAAAUAUACUACGCGAACGGUCAAUGGCGCUACGCCUUCCGGUAGUUUCUCCAUUCAAACUAUGACUUCGGUAAUCACGUUCGAUUCAGGUGGGACUAAUUGUCUCCCAAAAAUGUGUCGGCUUUGUAUGAGAGAGCAAUAUCUUGAAGACGUUUUCAGUGAAAAUGACAUGCAUCAAUGGAUAUCAAAUUAUCUCUCGAUAACGAUAUUCAGCGUGGAUUCCAAGGGUCACUCUAUCUGCACUUUCUGUCGAUUAAGAUUGACCGAAUUCCAUCAAUAUUGGACUCGCUGUCAGCAGGUGCAAACGAUAUUGGAAUCCAUGGUUCGGGAUGAAAAUGAAUCAUCCACCAGGCUUGGUGAGAACACUGAACUGCGGAAAGUGAAGUCUGAACCAUUUGAGCAAGUCUAUAUCAAUUGUGGGGCAGAGCAUGGUGAGCAGGAAUUGGGAUCAAGAACUGAUACUCAAUCACCAGUUGAUGGUUCCAGUCAUGGACGUUUUGGAUUUGGGUUACAACCAGAAAACACAGAAUUACGACAAGACUCAGUCAUCGAUAAUGAAAAAGAAAGUCGUUUUGAAAUUCACUAUGAAGAAGAUAAUAUUCAAUCGAUUGGUAAAACGGAUGAAAUUAUCAUAGAACAAGUGAAAAUUGAAGGUCUGACAGAUGGAGAUUUACUUGACCAAUCAGACUCAAAAAUUCAUAUUCAAAGUAAUUUACUAUCAGUCAAGAAAAAAUCGAGGAAAAAAUCAAAAGCAGACCAACAAAUACAAUGCAAUCAAUGCGACAAAUUAUUUCCCGACAGAAAAAAGCUUAAAAAUCACAUGAGAUUUCAUAAACCAAAGAACCACUGUUGUCACAUAUGCGGAAAGCCAUUCGCUUUUGGAUCGACACUGGAGAAGCAUAUUCCACUGCACGAUCCAAAUCGUGUCCGUAAGCCGCCGCCUGAUAAACCAUCCCUGGCACCAGGCGUCUACCAUUGUGAUAUGUGCCCGAAGGUAUUCGAGCUGAAAACAAGACUGUGGGCACACAGGACACAAGUGCACAGACCAAAAACUCACGAAUGUCACCUGUGCGAUUUGAAGUUUACCUUAAAAUCUGUGUUACGCCGGCAUAUACAGAAGCAUUAUCAAGAUAGUGAAAACACAGGUUCUGUAGAGAAGCUCGUACAAACCAGCACAACAUCCGCUUCCCUGAAAACCAGUUACAGCAAUGGGGGCUGCCUGAUCGAGGACGCUGGAGCUGGAUGGCAGAAGAUACUCGGGGCGGAAAACGCAUUGAGCCAGGAGGAGCUUGGUAGCCUCUUAGCAGACGUAGCUUGGAGCCAGGAGGAGUCUGGUAGCUCGGUUGCUAAGGAGGAGCUCGGUAGGCUGGAGGAGUACGGCCAGAUAUCCAGCGAUGACCGCAAGGGUCACACCGUCUGCAUUAUCUGUCGCUUACGGUUAGCUGAAUUUCACCGAUUUCACAUCCGGUGCCAGGAGGUGCAAGCGAUUCUGCAAUCCAUGGUUCGGGAAGAAUAUGGAACAUUGACCAGGCAUGGCGAGAACAUUGAUCUCCGACACGUGAAAACUGAACCAUGUGAGCAAGUUGCGUUCAAUAACGGAGCUGAACUAAGCAAUAAGGACCUAAGAUCGAACACUGGAACUCAAAUUUCAGUCGAUGGUUUCGGUCAUGAUAGUUCAGAAUUGCAGCUUCCAUCAGUCAGUGUGGAAUUUAAACCAGAUAUUGCCAACGACCACGCAAGAGAUGAUCAUUUAAAACUUUAUCAAGAUGAUGAUGGAUAUGGGCAAUCGGUUUCUGCGCAGGAUGAGAUUGUGGUACAUCAAAAAAAAUUGCAAAUUAUGGCUUCGACGAUAGUUACAAUCGAGUCGGGUGGUCUUCAAUGCCUCCAGAAUAUGUGUCGGCUUUGCAUGAGAGAAGAAUACCUCGAAGAUGUCUUCAAGGAAAGCAGCCUGAACCAAUGGAUAGGAAAUUAUCUCUCGAUAACAAUAUCCUACGAUGAUCGCAAGGGUCACACCAUCUGCACCGUAUGUCGAUUACGGUUAUUCGAUUUCCACCAGUUUUGGACACGCUGCCAGGAGGUGCAAGGAAUACUGCAAUCCAUGGUUAGGGAUGAGGAUGAAACACCGGCCAGGCUUGCUCGAGAAGUGAAAGCCGAAUCACGACAGCAACUUGAAGAGCAGGACGAUAUCACUGAAAUUCCCUCAAAAGAUACUUCCAAUCAGGAUGACCCUGAAAUGCUGCUGCAAUCAGUCAGUUUAGAAUUGCAGAAUGAUAGUGGCAACGAUCAUAGUCAAGAAGAAGAGAGUCUUGCGGGAGUUUAUCAUGAAACGGAAGAAAGUGAGCAAACGCCUGGAUUAGAGGAUGAGAUUGAAUUACAAGAAGUAAAAAUUGAAACCCCUGCGGACGAUGGAGAACCGCUUGAUAAUGGGAAUCAAAAAGUUAGAAAAGUCCAGCCGUUACAAUGUAACACAUGUGAUAAAAUAUGCCGCACUAAAUCGCAGCUGCAAGUGCACAAAAGAAGAAUACACGGACCACGGAAUCAUCACUGUUCUGUUUGUGAAUUGAGUUUCCCUUUUCGGCAAGAACUAAAAAAGCAUGAACAGAGCAAGCUACACUCGCGGAGAAUUAAAGCAAAACGAGAAAAUCCUGUUCAAGUUGAUGAACCCAAGAUUCAAACAGACAAUGACAAGAAAACUGGCGAAUACUCGUGUUCAAAAUGCAGCCGAUCGUUCAGUCGACAGUGCAAAUUGAAGAAACACUUGAAAAAUCACGAUGUAAAAACAAAUGAAGAGCAAGCAUUUGCCUCGGACGAUGAAGAAUUCAGGAUCAAAAAGACUGAAGAAGACGAUUCCAAGUUUAGUGCAAAUGUGCCUGGAAAACGUAUAGCCAAACCCAAAGGAUAUAACUGUUUCGAUGAAAAACGACAAUGCAGUCAGUGUGGCAAAACGUUCCGCAACAAGGAAAGAUUAAGAUGCCAUAUGAGGUGCCACAGGACGAAAAAUUACUUCUGUCCCAUAUGCGGAAAGCCGUUCCUUUUCAAAUUUGCGGUGCAGAGGCACAUUCCAAGGCACGACCCAAAUUACAUCCGUGAGAAGACGUAUGAUGGAUCAAACUACGCCGGGGGCCCAUUCCGAUGCGAUAUAUGCCACAAGGAGUACGGACUGAGAAGUACGCUGCGAUCGCACGUAGCACAGGUGCACGGACCCAAACGCUUUUCGUGUCACCUGUGCGAUUGGAAGUUUCCCACGCGGCAUUCUUUGGGUAGACACAUUCGGAGCCAUUACCGUGAUAAUGAAAAUGUUUAGUUUGGUGUAUUAAAUACAACAGGCCCUUCCCAAAGAACCAAUCACAAUUUGGAAUAACUGAAGAAUUUACUACAAUAUACAUAUUCGGUGCAGAUAUCGAGAA